AUGUGGUAGAAUUGCUUAGGGGCACUAGAUGGAACUCAUAUUAGAGUGAGAGUACCUAUGGCUGAUAAACAAAAAUAUCGUACUCAAAAAGGUGAAAUAGCUACAAAUGUCUUAGGUGUAUGCUCCCAAGACAUGCAAUUCAUAUAUGUGUUACCUGGAUGGGAAGGCUCUGCAGCAGAUGGUAGAGUUUUACGUGAUGCCAUACGUAGAACAAAUGGUUUGUGUGUUCCAAAUGGUCAUUAUUACCUUGUAGAUGGUGGAUAUACUAAUUGUAAGGGAUUUCUUGCUCCAUAUCGAGGCCAAUGCUAUCACCUCAACCAAUGGGACGAUGGGAAUCCUCCCAGAAAUCCACAAGAGUUUUUUAAUAUGAAGCACUCAUCUGCUAGGAAUGUCAUUGAGAGAUGUUUUGGUGCAAUUAAGAAUCGAUGGGCAAUUCUUAGGAGUCCAUCAUUCUAUCCAAUAAAGACUCAAAACCGAAUCAUUUUAGCAUGUUGUUUGCUUCACAAUUUUAUUAGGAGAGAAAUGCCUACUGAUAAUACUGAUAUGCAUCCAGAGAAUGAGAGUGAUAGUGGAGACGAAGAAGAUAGCAUGGAUGCUGAUGGAUCCAUAAGAAGUAUUGAAGCUUCUGAAGGGUGGAAAACAUUUAGAAAUCAUUUAGCACUUGAGAUGUAUAACGAAUGGAAAGAACAUAGGAGAGCAAGCUAGUUUUUUUUAUUUCUUAGAUUAAAUGCACAAUGAUUGUCUA